AUGUCGAAAGAAGCUCCCCUUUCCAACGCAGAGCGCGACUUUAUUCUUGAAGCGCUGCGCGAAGAUGUGCGUCUCGAUGGCCGCAACCCCGAUCAAUUCCGCCCGCUGAGCGUUUCCUUUGGCGAUGAAUAUGGACAUGUGAAGCUGCAGCUAGGCAAGACUAGUUUGGUUGUCCGCAUCUCUGCCGAAGUCACAAAACCCCGCGAUGACCGUCCCUUCGAUGGCUUGUUCCAAAUCAAUCUCGAAUUGUCUGCGAUGGGCUCACCAGCCUGGGAGAAUGGCCGCUCCAAUGAUCUAGAAGCUUAUGUCACCCACGUCCUGGACAGCGUAGUCCGUCGUUCCAACGCCCUCGACACCGAAUCGCUUUGCAUCCUCAAAGGCGUGAGCUGCUGGAGUAUUCGCGCCGAUGUGCAUGUGCUGGAUUAUGACGGAAACUUGACCGAUGCGGCCUGCGUCGCGAUCAUGACCGGACUGCAACACUUCCGCCGGCCGGAUGCUGUAGUACGGGAUGGCCAAGUCAUUGUCUAUGGAGUGGAGGAGCGAGUGCCCGUGGCGCUGAAUAUCACACACAAGCCGUUGUCCAUCACAUUCAACUCAUACAAUGAUGGAAAGAGUAUUAUUCUCGACGCAACCCGCAAGGAGGAGCAAGCGUCGGAGGGAGAGCUGGUGAUUGGAAUUAACAAUGGAGGCGAUGUCUGCUUCCUGUCCAAGUUCUCUGGCGCCCCCGUCGAUGCUAUGGAGAUGGUGACCAAGUCUACGGUUGCGCUGGAGAAGGUGAAGGAGAUCAAUGCUCAGAUGGAGAAGGCGAUGCAGACCGACCUGGCGAAACGGGCUAAGCAGGGCAUGGCGGACCUGUCUCGCGCUGAAAAUGACCGGUGA